CCUGGGCCCAGUCUGGCAGAACUGACCCCCCUUACCCCCCACCCUCACUCAGUUGGUGAAAUGGCCUUGACCCAACGCACCACUAUAUCCACCACACACUUCUGAGACCUCGGGGCUACCCUCAGCACGGGCCCACCAAUGGCCCCCUGCCCUCAGCUGAGAGUGUCACUGGCUGGCCUGCUGACCCUGGGUCUUGUCCUGCUGUUCGUUGGAGCUGCCAAUGGCCAAGCCACAAAGGAAAACACUACCCCCAGCACCACAAGUGUCACCUCCAACCCUCCGGGGCCCAACAUCCCGGCCAUCGUGGCCCCCACGGUGAUCCUGGGCCUGCUGCUGCUGGGCGGUGGGGCGGCGGCGGUGGUGCUCCGGGUGAAGAAGAGGAGGCAGACGGAGGGAACAUACCGGCCCAGCAGCGAGGAGCAGACGGGCACGCACAGCGUUCAAGCGCCCGACGCCCUCAAACUGCCCAAAGAGGAGCGUCUCAUCUGACCUCUGACCCCUGACCCCGUCACUCACACAUCACGCGAUUCUGCGGUGGACGCUCCAGUCUUCGCCUCCCCACCUCCCUGUCUUGUCUCUGCUGUUAGCUGACUAACCCCGAACGCAAAGCCCUGGAGCUUGCUAUGGCUCAGACAGCGGUUCUGACGGCAGGCUGGAGUCUCGGCAUUUCUGUAGUUCACACAGGAGUCUGGAGACACACGGGGACAGUGGGACUGAAGAAGGAGGGCUGUGCUAUGCUCUCUCCUGGUGGCUAUAGGUCCACGUCCUGUUUAAUUUCAGUACUAACGCUGCAAGAUAUUUCAAUUAUAGUGCUCAAUUAAUAUAGGGUACUGUAUUACGAGGACUAGAGUUUAUAUUGACUACUAAUAAUUUUGUAAUUGUGGAAUAAUUAUGACAUCAUGAGGCAUAGAGUGCGAGAUAUGUCUUCCAUUUCAAAUAAUUUAGGUUUAAAUAUGAACCUCUAUUUAUACACUCAGACUUGUAGUUUACCACUCAACAUUUUCUGAUACAGAUAAUAAACACUGAACAAUUGCUGAUCAAGUGACACACAACUCAACAUACACCUAUACAGGUGGUUCGCGACUGAACAUUUACCUGUACAGGUGACAUCAUUGAAUUUGAACCUGUAAACACUAUUUAUUAUCUUGGUGUCUCAUACUACUUUAGCAUGAGAAUGCACAAGAAAUGGUCCAAUGAACAUUUACUGGCACAGAUGACAGCCUAAUUCAUGUUAAUCUGACCUGUACAUUUUUCUGUGUGCUGGAGGUCACGUCAAGGAACAUGUAGCUGAGCAGGAGACAAAAUGGUAAACUGUGCAAAGCGUGCUGCCUUGAACUUCAGUGCGGUCCUUGAAAAGAAACACUGCAAGUAUGUAAUAAUAAUGAAAUCAUAAAUAAUCUAUAUGCACCAAAAAUUGUUUACACUAUUUUACAAUGAAUAUUAUAAUUUAUUGUGAUUUACAAAGCUUUCUCAAAUGGUAACACUGGAUUUAAUAUCAUUUUGUAUGAAAUGUCUAUUAUUGUUUUACCACUAUUUGUGUGCAAUGAAGAGGUCCUCACUACAUUCCUCAAGGGCUGGAAUAACCUCCCAGAGAGCAGAACUGAGACAAGCAUAUGCUCUCCCUCUCUCUCCCUCUCUCUCUCACUCCAACCCCCCUUCUCUCUCCCUCUCUCCCUCUCUCUCACUCCAACCCCCCUUCUCUCUCCCCCUCCCUCUCUCUCUCACUCCAACCCCCUUCUCUCUCCCUCUCUCUCCCUCUCUCUCUCACUCCAACCACCCAUUCUCUAUCACUCCCUCUCUCCCUACCUCUCUCUCUCACUUCAACCCCCCCUUCUCUCUCCCUCCCUCUCUCUCUCCAACCCCCCCUUCUCACUCUCUCUCUCUCCCACCCUCCCCCCUUCUCUCUCACUCAAUCAGCUUAGUAUUACUGGAUAAAUUCCACAGGGGAAUGUGUGCACAGUGAUAGAUUAAAGUAUUGUGAAUGUGUCCUUUCUGUACUGAAGGCAA